AUGUCUUCCGCGUGCACGGCGACAGAGAUCACCCCUCUCUUUGGUCAUAGGAAUGGGAAGGGUGAUUUGGUCACUUAUAAUUCCUCUCUCAUUCCCAUUCGUCCUCCACCGGCUCCUGUCUCGCCCCCUUCUUCCGUCAUUGAACUGAAUGAAACCCCCCCAUUGUCAUCCCCGUCAUCCUCAUCCUCCUCUUCUUCUGGAUCUAGCGAAUCCGCCGGACCUGAUUGUGCUCUCGCCAAGUUUGAUUCUCUACUUACCAGAAUCCAGCCAGAAUCCAUCAUUGCCUUGGCCCUUCGUACUCAUCGGGAAUGGUCCACAGCACCUUCUGCCGGUACAGUCUGCACUCUAGUCUCUCCUCCCCUAUGCGGAUCUUACAAUUUGAUUCACGUUCUGGACUUUAACGAUGGCAUCAAGUGGGUUUUGCGGCUCCCCUUGAAAGACCCUGGGAGUCGUCGACUACAGUCUGAGAUCAUGACCAUGCAUUUCAUUCGCAAAUACACCACGAUCCCCAUCCCAGAUAUCAUUAGCUUUGACUCCACAACCGAAAAUGAGAUCGCGUCCCCUUACACCAUCAUGCAGUUCAAUGAUGGAACCCCCGUGUGUCAGACCUGGUGGGAUGAGAGUGGCCCAACCCCGCUGGAAGAGCGCAGGCAUAGAAUUUUGGACACCGUUGCCAGCGCAAUGUCACAGCUCACACAGUUUAAAUUCAACAAAAUUGGAUGCCUGGAAUUUGAAGGAGAUACUCGAUCACAUUUGGUUUCUUCGCCUAAAAUCGGCCCACUCAAUAUCGAGCAAGAGGAAGAGAUUAGGCAGCAAGAGGCAGAUCACAAUGGUGCUAUCUUCAAAAGCGUUGGACCAUUCGAUAGCUCACGUGAAUACUUAACCUCUUUACUUGACGCCCAAAUCAUUGAGGACGAUUCAUUCGCAAUUGGUAUGAACCGGUUGCUCAGAAUGAUGGUUGAAAGUCUUCCUCUUUCACGUUCAAUGACGGAAAAUGAAUCCUUCGUGCUUACCCACCCCGACUUUGGCGGCCAAAAUUUUCUCGUAGCUGAGGAUGGGACUCUUACCGCAAUAAUCGACUGGGACAAUGUUCAAACCGUCCCUCAAUGGAUCGGGUGUCGCUCAUAUCCUGCAUGGCUUACACGCGAUUGGGACCCCCUCAUGUACGGCUACCCCGAGGCCGAGCGUGAAAACUCCCCAGAGGAACUUGAUGCUUAUCGCAAGUACUACGCUGGAAGAAUGGCUUCCCUGGGCAGUGCCCAAUUUACCACCAAGUCUCACAUUUAUGAGGCCAUCUAUAAUGCCUCAUCCAGUCCCGCCUGCGCCGACUCAAUUAUCGACAAAAUCUUCCAUCACCUAUUCCCAGUGGAGGACAACGAUGAUAAUUAUAAUCCAGAUACACCUGAUCUAGGAGAGGUCGUUGAAGCCCUUGCCGAAGAAAGUCUAGAGGAACAUAUGGAGAACAAAGUCUUGAGCAGCAUCCAGGAACUGUUGUCACUUCCAGAAGAAACGCCAACCACCACCGUGACUCGUCAUCUGUCCACAGGCAAGAAGCUUUGGAGGUUCCUUAGAAAGUGGACUGGAGCGACUUUGAUAUUUGCUCUCUCACUAAUUCCAAAAUGGUCCGGCAUCCUUAACUUCUUCAGGAACGCUAGACCUCGUACGGACGUGUCCAUAGCUCGACGGAGGGUUUAA